AAUGACGGCUGUUUUGACUGCCAUGCCUGGCCUGUCCCGGAGCCGAGCAGCUGCAGUGGCGGCCGGGCGGGGAUUGGCGAGCUCGUUGGUGGUUUAGGUGCUGUGGUAAUGACGCUUGAGGGUGAUGGUUGUGGUUGGUCGUGGUGGUUGGUGGUGAUGAUGAUGGUGGUGGUUGUGGUGAUGAUAGUGAUGGUUGGUAGCGCGUGUGGUAUAUGGCGAUGUUGAUGGUGGUGGCUCGGAUAGAAGUCGUCUUAAAUGCAGUUGAGAGUGGUGGCACCGCUGGCAACACGUGAGGUGUGUGAUGCUGUAGUUUGAUUAAAAUAGACGGACUGGUGUGUGUCGGGUCCAGGCUGCUCGUGUUAGAUUCAAUACGCCGGGGUCUGUUGAGAGCCCUGGUUUUGUGAGUGUGUACGAUCGGGUCUGUCGUUAUGUUCCAUGUCUUGUUAAAAAAAAAACGUGUUUAUCGUGUGUUCGUUCAGGUAUAACGCGCCUCGAUAUAGGCCACGUCGGUUAGGCCAGGUCUAAUGAGUAAGGUCUCUCGAGGCCAGAUUUAUUUAAGGUAUUGAGUAAGGUCUUUUAAAACCUAUUAAAGUCAGGCUUGUCCAGACCGCCCGGGCCCGCCUGUGUCAGGGUUGCACCCACGUGUGGUAACCGCUGCCGCUCUCACUGCGCUCAUCAAGUAGCUGUGUUUAAUAGCAGAAGUCUCCCUCACGAGAGAUUUAACUUGUGAAUUAAAACCUAAAAUAUUCCGGGUCAGGUUGGGCUGUGAGUGGCGGGUCCCCCAUGUCUCCGUCGCACGGGACUGCAACGCAAGUGUCGGAGGCAAUGUCUCAUGGUGGCGAGGGUCGGUGUUCAUGUUAUUACCACUACCACUCUCUGCUAGUGUGUAUUUUUGGGGGGGGGUUUCUGUUUAAUUUAAAAGUGUGUGUAAUUGAUGGUGGGGGGCGAGGUGUGAGCCAUAUUGCUAAUGCACAACACUCGGGCGUCAAUGAACACCCCCGCUUCCAGUAGCAUGAGCACGGCUGGCUACCUGCCUGGCUGUCUGACUUCGACAACGCCGACCCAUUACAAAGAGUUGGUGCCGGGGUGGCGAAAGUGGAACGGCCGCGUCGCGUUGCUCAGGGCGUCCGGAGGCGCCGUCCCGCCAUCGCCAGCCAUGGGCCGCGCCCGUAAGGCGACUCCGAGCGGAAUUCCAGGCAGCACGGGCGACACGCACGCAACCCCAGCCGGGCAGCGCAAGGGAAGCAAGCGAACGCCGGCAGCAGGGCAGCAGUCACGGCCACCGUCGUCACAGCAAGGCGGGGAGGCUUCGCUUCCUUCAUCCCUUCUCGGGCAGCAGCAGCAUGCAAACCUUGCUGCUGCCGACACCAGAAGAAGCGGCCCUCGGCUUCGUGGCGCUUCCCGCCCGCCGGUCAAGAGAGCUCGAAAAGAACCUCAGCAGCAGCAUGGGCCCAAAGUCAAAGGUGGCGAGGGGAGCCCCGCGGUGAGCAACGGCGUCGGCACCGUCAAGGGCUCUGGGGCCAAGGCAGGCCCUGGGCCGUUGCCUGUGGAUAGUGGGGGUGGCCGCGGGGCCACAGAGGGGCCAGACGCAACGCAGAAGAAGCCAAGGCGGCAGUGGGAGCAGUGGAGUGCCGAGGAUAAGAACACCUUCUUCCAGAGCCUCUUCGAGCACGGCAAGGACUUCGAGGCGAUCCAGAAUGACAUCGCGAAGCGCUACAUGAAGAAAGGCCACCCUGCGGGUACAGUGAAAAACAAGGACCAGGUCCGCCACUUCUACUACCGCACGUGGCACAGCAUCUCCAAGCACAUAGACUUCGAGAAUGUUUUCUGCCGUGGGAUGGAGAAGUCUUCCCAAGAGCUCUACGGGCUCAUUUGUUAUGGCGAGCUGCGCAAGAAGAUCGGUGGAUGUAUGAACGACAGGAACUCGACGAAGCUGAACGAGCUCAUUCAGCUCGGUGUCACUACGCUGCGCCACAAUGGAAGAAAGCUGCGCAUCAAGGCCCCCAUGUGCCGGGCGCUCAAGAAGAUCUGCGACCCUUACGGCACGAGAAACGAGAUAGAGCAGAAGAGGCUCAAGUUGCCCACCAAGGUUUGCUUGGAGCUGCAGCCGCGCACCAACCGUGCCUGGACGCGCGUGCAGAGCGUGGCGCACAACCCUCGCCUCCGGAUGAUGGUGGAGCUCCACAGGAAGGUCUCCCACCUCAUCGAGUUCCUGAAGGAGAAGUGGGCGCCCAAGGAGACGAGAGUUCGCAUCUCCCUGCUGCAGCAGCAGCAACAGCAGCAGCAGCAGCAACAACAACAACAGCAACAACAACAACAGUCAGGCGAAGCAGAGGCACCCACGACAUCUUCUUCCACAAUGACGUCGACCUCGACAACGACUUCAUCCUCCUCAAUGGUGACGUCAUCGUCCUCUACGACGACGUCUUCGACAGUUACGUCGUCCUCAACGACGUCAUUGCGCUCAACGACGUCAUUGCGCUCGAUGACGUCACUGCGCUCGACGACGACCACGUCAUCGCCUACAACGAGGUCAACGUCCUCGACGGCGGCAGCGACCCAGGCGGUUGCGGGUUGCCCCCCACCCGCGGAACCGGCGCCGGCGCCGCCCGACGAGCGUCCCCAGCUGCGGCUGUUCCCUGCGGAGGGGGCGGUGGUGUCGCCGCUGCCAUGCGUGGCGCGGGUGCGGCACAGCCGCACGAUGUGCACGGUGCACUGGCAGGAGCAGAGCCGUGCGCGUGAGCCCUACGUGCCGCCGCAAGCGCAGCUGAUGCGUUCGAGGCCGCAGCUCCUCGCCGCUUCAAUCCCGCAGCCGACGCCACUGCCGCCAGCAGCGGUGGUGGUGUCCGCAUCCGUUGCCAAGGACGGGCCGGUCCCUGGUCCUGCUGGUACGACGGGGAAGGGGCAGCGGGGGUCCCGUGCUGGGGCAUCGGGGCAGGAGGGAGGGGCAGCUCGCAUGCGGGAGGUCAGCAUGGCUGAGCCGGCGGGGCCCUGCGUGGAGAAGGAGGCGUCCGGGAUGACGCUGACAGCGCCGGUGGAAGCGUCGAGCGCGUCCACGCAAUCAGCAGAACCGAUGGAGGUUUGUGAAAAUGAUCCAAGCGGUGGCUACACCGCUCCACGCGAUCCCGCCGACUCUGAGCCGGACGUAUCGAGCGCAAAGCCGGAAGUUAGCACCCUCUUGGAGCUGGUGCUGAGCCCGGUCACGAACUACGAGGAAUACUCUCUGAUGGACCCCGUCCCACGUUACCUCAAGAGCUGCCGGAGCCUCGUCAUCCCCAGCGACGAGGAUGAGCGGGGUGCGCCUGCAGAGCUGGUAUCAGACCGGCUACCUGAUGAGGAGUGCUCGGCGCAGCACGGCGCUGGCGCCGGCAUCGGCGCCGACCUCGCUCCAGAGGCGCUCGUGGCCACGGCAACGCUCAAUGGGGUGGAGGAAUCUUUGCCCGGAGUUGCUGACGGAUCGGCUGAGAAUGGCACCGACGCAAUUGCUGGCGGGCACUCGCCGAAACCGGCCUCUCCCGCCGAGGCCACCGCUACUAGUGUCGCGAAAGUGGCGGCACAGGCGCUAGAAAAUGGCGGCGCUGUCACGGCCGAAAACACGCACAGGGACGCCAAGGACGAUAACGACGGUAAGAGGGACUGCGGGACUCCAGCAGUAACUCCGGCGGCCGAACACAAGCAGCUUCCGUUGCCUCGUGGUGGCGGCGGCGGCAAACGCGGGGCGGAGGCCGCGCCGCCGUGGUCCUCACCCGACCCUCGCAAAGAGGAGUCUGCCGCCUUCGCCGAGAGGGUGUGGCGGGAGGGCUGGGGCGGCUCCAAGACGCUCACCCUCGCCGAGGUGUACGUGACGCUCGGCAAGCCCGAGAAGCUGCUCCUCGAGUACGAUUGGGUUAUGCCUCAACUGCCGCAGCCGCCUCCAUCUACGCUGGCCGACAAACCCACGACCGCAGAUGAGGCACCGGAGACGGCGGCGACAGCUGUGGUAGCCGGCAGUGGUGCGGACCCGGGCCCGGUGGCCCAGACAGAGGCGGCGGCGGCAGUGGUGCCGGCGCCAACGCCAACGGAGACCAUGGUGAAGACGGAAUCGACAGAAGUGAAGGAGCAGCCGCCUGUUGUGCACAUGCAGCGCAUGCUGAAGCGGCUCCUGCAGCUCGUGGUGCUGGAGGCCAACCCCAAGGUUCAUCGCGUGCAGUCGCCCGACGGGCUUCACUUGUCGCCUAGCAAGGCCGGCGGCGCGGAGGCGGGUGGCGGCGGAGGCACUGGCGGCAGCGGCGGCAGCACCAGGAGCCCCGGAUCGGCGCGGGCUCAUCCGGGACGCGGUGCGCGUGGGUCAGCUGGUGGUGCGAGGAACGUGGCUAAAUCAGCCACGGCAGCAUCCUGCACGGAGCCGGAGGCCGCGAAGACGACCGGGCGCUCGGACGACGAUCUGUUCCGGGUUCCAUCGGCGCUGCCCCCUGCCAGCCGGUACGGCCGCCCCAUGUCGCCCAGCAAGGAGGCGGAGAUCACGUUCCGGCAGCAGCUCGACUCCAUCAACCAAGCGGAGAUCUUCCUGCCCCAGCAUCGGAAGCUGCGAACCCGCAUGCUGCGCAAGCCGCUGGUUGUCCAGAGAUCCCUCAUGCCGCGCCCGGCGGGACACUCGUUGCGUCACAUGUAUUCACUCGCCAUCGUGCCCAGCUCUUCGGUCGCAGGCACGGGGAUGUUCUCACCGUUACCGCCCCUGACACACCCUCCCAACGACCUGAAGGCCAGCAACCUGUCGACUGCCAUCGACCUGGCCGCCAAAUCGGCGGGAAUCAUCCCAGGCAGCCCCAUCCGCGAGGGCCAGAGCGCGGUGACGGGGCCUGAGCUUUCCUCGGAGGGCUUGCUGGGUUCCGACGGGGCGGGCCAGUACGGGGGCCAGAGCGGUGGGACCGAGCUGCCUGGGUGCCUCCAGGACACGGGAAGUGGUGGCAGUCGCCGGGUGCCGUUUGUCACUCUGUCCACGCCGUCUGAGGGGCACAACAUUACGCCUGGCGGGCACUGUCUGGACUUUGAUGAGGACGCUGGCACGUUGGCUAUGGUGGGGCCUCCGCCGAUGCCGCACGUGGUGGGGCCUCUGCUGCCGUCGUCGUCGCCGCCGCACGUGCCGUUGCUGCUUGAGAUCUCGCUGCCCGGCCCACCAGACGACUCGCUGUCGCAAGGCGGACCCCACUCCCACAUCGGGGACUCGAUCAUCGAGCUCGCCAUCGGGUCUCAGCGCUACAUGACAGGUGAAGGGAAGCCGAAUGGCAUGGACGGGGACAAGCCGCUUGCGUCGCCCCGCAACUGGAUGGGCUCGCCAUCACACGAGCCGCAGUGGUUCGGCAGCGACAUGGGGGACGUGGGGGAUGGGUGCCUCGGCGGCCUGCUGUCGAACUUCAACUCGCCUGACAAGAACCAGCGAGCGAUCCAGCUGCUGAGCCACUGCGCUGCCAAUCCCGACCUCGUGGCCUCUUCACUCCUGGAGGGGAACGUCCACGACUCCUACGCGCCACGGCCCCUCAUGACGGAGGUGAGGGCUCAGGCGGACUCGCCGCUCGCCAGCAUCAUCUGCGAGAGCGGCGUGGACUACAUUGCCCGUUUCAGCGACCUGGCGAAGGAGGUGUCCAACUCUGAGCCGUUCACCCCCACGUACUCUUGACACCGGGCUCCUGCUCGAGCGAAGGGAAAUGCCCACUGGCCUCCCCGCUCAGUCGAUGCCACGGUGAUGCAGCCACAGCCGCCGACAGCGAGCUUCACCGCGGUGGUGGGCGGCUGGGGUUGGAAGGCAUUGAUCAAGUGUCUCGGGCGCUGUCUUGUCGUUACAUCAGUGGAAGGAGGGCGGAUCGGUGUGGCGGUCAUGAGCGGCGCCGUUUUGAAGGCCGUCGCCUCCACGGCUCCCUCCUCUGCGAUCGAUGCUCCGAGGGGGGCACGUGGCCGGUGAGGAGGGGGCGGCCGGGGUGUCUCCCCAUGUUCUAUCACGUCUCUCCGGAUAAUUGUGCAUCUUUCACCUCUGAGUUAACUUAGAAUGUGAAUUUAAACUUCGUUGAGUGGUCGCCCAAGUAAGGGGCGAAUGUACAAUGUGGACUAUCCCAGCACGCAUCCUUCCCAGCUGUGCCGCAUCUCGUGGUGAAGCAGUUACAACCUGGGCAAGCCAGUCUCAUGAUGGCACAAGUGGCAGUUUUGUUUCCGUCCUCUUCACCUUCAGGCUCGGGGGACCCUACAUUUUUCACGUGCCAUCCAUUUCAUACGUACGCAAAAAUCUGUCAACCUGACCCCCCUCCCUGUACGCACGCAUACUUUUUACAACCCCCACAGCUGAAGAAACUGAACUGUAGCUCAUUUGAAGGCCAAUGUAGACAAAUAAUUAUUUUUGAGGCUUCACACCCCCCCCCCCAGUUUCCUAUGCGUACGUACAUUGUCAGUAGACCCCCCAUAUGCAAGCGUACGCAUUUGGGUUAACCCCCCCUCCACCCUCCAUGCGUACGUACUGAAUGGAUGGCCCCUUAGGAGGAGUGAUGCAUCCGGACUUGUGGAGCUGGGGUAUGAGACGGUGUCAUCAUGGGGAGUAAAAAUAAUUAGUGGCCUCUGCUCUUCAGUCCAGGGUGGGUUAUUUUAUCUUGGAGAAAGGUUAUUUCGUUCGACAUUUUCAUUAAGUUAGGUUGCUAGGGUUUUAAAUGGGGGAGCAGCUUUCGAGAAUUAGCCUGAACACUUGUUGGACAAGGCUGGACUUUCACUUCAACAUUCGGCGAGCAGCCAAAAACCACCUCGUUACGCGAACGUGAGCCUCAGCCACGCCAUACUGGUGGCUUAAUCAAAGCCAUAUCUCUGCAACUGGUUCUGUCAAACACCUUAAAGAGAGAUGCAAGCCAAGCACCAAAGCUCUUUGUAGAUACUCACUUAGGCCGUGCAUCCUGGCCUGCCCGACACGACUUCGAAGACAUGCUAAUGAGAAGGAAGGCUUUGAAGAUGGCUUUAAUGACCACCUCGUCACUGUGGCGUGGCAGCUGAACUCUUAAAUACGUCACUGCAUCGCUACGUCGCUCUUGGAAGUCAAAUUAAAGUCUUUUGUUUCGGGUUGCGUCUCUCAGUGACUCUUGGAAAACUGUUCGGCACCGAGUAGUUUGUAAAUACGAUUAUUUUAAGAUGGCAGAGGUGGUGACCGACUCCUGUUGCAGGCCCGGCUCAGCCUGGCCCGCAGCCUCGUGCAUGAGGUGGUCGCGCCCGUCAGCAAGUGAGAAUUGGGGGCCUGCGUGCAAAGCGUCCCCCUCUUCCGUCGGGCCACCCGAUGCGCGCGCGGGUGUGUGUCUGUGAAAAUGUAACUUUGGUUUCAAGAGUCGCGUUUCCUCAAAGAGAAUGUGAAGCAAGCUACUCGCUGAGAGUUGCAAGCCAGGGCCAUCCUGAGUAAUCAGUAUUAACAAGCACUCUUCAUUUUAUUCAUGCUGGUACAAAAGCAUUGAGGAAAUCUGCUCGUACAUUUAGAAUCUGUUUUUUUGUAUUAUGUUAGGUUCUUGAUGCAAAUACAGUGAAAUCUCGUUAAUAUUCGUGCGGGGACUGGGUAUUUUCUUAACUUGUAUUGAACUUUAAUCUGAAAUGACACGAAAAGAUCGUGGACAACUCCGCAUGUCAUCAGUUACAGUUGUCGAAAUUUGUUGUAAAAUUCUCAAACCUACUGACUAAAGAAAUUGGUGGAUUGUUUGCCUUGGCUUGACCAACACACAAUACAAAAAUGACAUUGAUUUACAAAGUGACGUGCCCGCUUCAGUGACCUGGCCACUUCAGUCUUGGCUGGCAACAGUUUGCAUGGCAUUGUCAUGGCCAAAUAAUUGCAAAGCUAGCACGGUCCAGUCGGCUUGGCAUAUAUCAUGCUGCUGCCACGAAUUUAACUACGAAUUACCACAACUUCGAAACGGCAACCUUUCGUCCGAAAUGCAUGGCUAUGUGAAAUACAUUAUUCCGGAAGUUUGGCGUGUAGUAAAUCUGCCGUACGUUAAUGUGGAAAUUACCAUAAUGCGAUGGACGUUAUGACGAGAUUUCACUGUGUAGGGAAGAUGUUGAGGACGAUGCAUGUAAUGCGAGUUUAGCUUAACCGAGCACUGGGGUUUCGCGAUGGGCAGUUGGCAGAUAGUGCUGCAGGGAUUACUUAUAGAGGGGGGGGUUCGAUGGGGUUAUUAGUCGGUUAGUAGGUGAGCAGUUGGUGGUCACAGCAAUACAAAGCGGAGGAUGUGGCCUUCUCAACUUCCAUUGCAGAAAAGAUAAAUAGGAAUCGUCAGUGCGAUAUUGCCCCCGUGACAUCUGGCUGCAGGUUUAACUCUUCCCAUUUCAGGGGAGGAGGGUUACAUCAAGCCACAAUUGAAUCCACGUUCCUCAGCCACAUUAGAAACACGUGCAGCGAGAUGUGUGCAAGAAAAUCAAUGUGGGCACCGUUACGAGGUUAUAAUUUAUGUACCCCACGUAUUCCUGAUUAUGCCCGUUGCAAUGAUUCAUCCGCGGGAGCAGUGAAUCGCAUGUUGAGGGGUCGUACUAAGUUAAUCGUGGUCUUCCUUAAUAUUUUCAGUUAAAAAUUUGUUUAUUUUUUUAAGUUAUUCUGGAAGACGCGAAUGAGCUGCCCCGUCAGCUGCGCUUAGGUGCCGUAAGGCCUCGCAAUGCGUCCGGUAUUUAUUAUUUCCCCCCUUCUCCCCUCGAAGACUUCCACCAUCACCACCUCUUAGAAGUUCAACACAAGGUCGCGUGCCGUUCUGUCGGUUUUAAUUUAUUUGUGUUGGCUUCUCGACAGAUGUACAGUUUUGUAAGGGAUAGCGUUUGUACGACGAUUCGUUCUUGACACUUUAAGAGUUUUUCUUUUUUUUUGUUUGUUUUGCAUUGAAGGAGAUUGGGGAGCGGGGUGGGGAACGGGAUGGAAAUGUUGGAAAAAUGUCAUCUUGAGAGGGGUGCCCUUGUGGAUUCUUAACACUACAAUCCCUCAUGCACGUAGGCGCGUUCAGUUUAACUAUUAAAGAGUCUAAUUAAUCCUUG